ACGCCCGGCUGAUAAGUAAACUGGAGGGCUUCAGCUGUUCUACUUUAUUCAGUUCAUCACAGAAUCGUUAGGAUAUCUCAAAAUAAUCCACCCCACUGGAGUCUGUACCGUUUGCCAUAAGAAUUUCAUCAUUGCCUGAUUCCUCUGAUCGAUGAAAGCGAUAGGAUUUUAUAAAAUGGUGUGAACAAGUAAAAGUAAUUGAAGGGAAAGUGAAUCUUCUCCAUCUCCAAAAUAAUGGCAUGUUCAUGUCAGUGAUCAUCGGGCCACUUUGUUACAUCAUUUUAGUAAUCGGGUAGGAAUGCCCAAGUGUCAGUGAAAUGCGCCAGUUCAGGCAGUGUAAAAUUACAAGUAACAUUGGAAGGAAUAGAAACUAUUCCUCAUUUUUGCAUCUGAGUCAAACGAUUGGACCAAAUCCUCAAGAUGUCUGCGGUAGAGGCACCACCUUUCAUUCGUACCAUAGAAUGGGACAUGAUGGACAAAACAAAAUUCUUUCCUCUGAGUAUGCUGUCGUCGUUUUCCGUUCGUUGCUGUUUGUAUCCUCUGACCGUUAUAAAAACAAGGCUGCAGGUACAAAGAAAAAAUCACAUGUACACAGGGAUGAUAGAUGCCUACAGAAAAAUAUACAGAACAGAAGGAUUAUCCGGCCUUUACCGAGGCUUUUGGAUAAGCUCAAUUCAGAUAGUCUCAGGUGUAUUCUAUGUAUCGACGUACGAGGGAGUAAGGCAUAUACUCAGUCAGGAUCCAUUCACAGCUGGACUGGAUUCCAGAAUCAAAGCACUGAUUGGCGGUGGAGCUGCAAGUGCUGUUGCUCAAACCAUUGUUGUUCCCUUUGACGUAUUAAGUCAACAUCUCAUGGUACUAGGUGUCAAUACAAAACAUGGCAAAUUGGUCUUUGAUAAGAUGGGCAUGAAUCCACUGGGACUCAAUCUAUCUCCAGGUGUAUCGAGGGCAUACAUUUCUGGGGAAAUAAUUAAAUUAAUUUAUCAGCGAGACGGUGUCAAGGGAUUUUACAGGGGCUAUGUUGCAUCUCUCUGUGCAUAUGUGCCUAAUAGUGCAUUGUGGUGGGGUCUCUACACGUUUUAUCAGGAUGAAUUAAUUAGAGUUUUACCGUGCUGGGUAUCUCAUCUAUUCAUCCAAGCAGUGGCUGGAACACUGGGUGGAUUUACAACAACUAUUAUAACAAAUCCUUUGGAUAUUGUGAGAGCGAGACUUCAGGUUCAACGACUGGACAGUAUGUGUCAGACAUUUAGAAUUCUUUGGAUUGAGGAGGGGCUUAGUAUGUUUAAGAAGGGAUUAUCAGCGAGACUAGUUCAAUCUGCCUGCUUCAGUUUCUCUAUAAUAGUCGGUUACGAGACUAUCAAGCGAAUGAGCAUCAAUGAUGAGUACAAGAGCUUCAUCCGUUGGUGAAACAAAUGAUUGAAUUUUUUUUAAUUAAAUCAUGUGACAGUUACCUAAAGACAGUGAGAGCAGAAUUUCAUUCCGUAACCAGCGUGCAAAAAUCUUUCGUUUCUUUUUUUAAUUCUUCAGUGGCAACCAAAGCAUCAUGUAAAUAAGGCAGACAGUCAUAUUUAUAUUUAUGUAAAUAUGGGUGAAGUGUUUCGCACGUAGAUCGUACAUAAUAAUUAUUGUUGUAUCUGAGAGGUGGUAUUUGUAAAUGGUCUGUACACAAUGACGAGUGGACAUCGUGAAUAGAGUAUUUCAAAUUGAAA